GUUUUUUCGUAUACAGACAGAUAUUGAAAUUAAAUGUCACGCAAGGGCCACUUUUUCGCUGAAACAUAGAAAUAAAUGACCAAUGUGAGUGCUUUCCAUGCUCUUGUCACAAUGAUUGGCUAAUUUAACCCACAGUAAAGACAUAGUGAGCUCAUUUAGGUGAAAUCGCAGAGGUUAAACAUGUCUAAAUUAGUGCUGCAAAUCAAAUGAUCAAUUUAAUCUCUAAUUUAGCUUUGUUUGGCUCGUUUGACUCAUUUGAAGUGACUUCAACGGUAUGUACAAGCAUUUUAUGGCUUCUUUUAAGAGUAUACGAGGCAGAUACAGAUGUAGCAGUCUCAGUACAACAUGUCCUUAUUUAUGUACGGUAAUUAUUGAAAUUGAAUGUCACAUAAGAGCCACUUUUUCACUGAAAUAUAGAAAUAAAUGACCCAUGUGAGUGGUUUCCAUGCACUUGUUGCAAUGAUUGGCUAAUUUAACCCACAGUAAAGACAUACAGUAUUGUGCAAAAGUAAUGAGAGUGUAAUUCGACGAAAUUUGUGAAUUUCGUGGCUUUUCGACGAAAAAUGGCGAAGUUUUGUUCACCUCAAAAAUUUGAAGAAAAUUCAACGAAUUUUUCCGCUACCCAUUGUUUUAGUUGACGCGAAUUUUUGAGCAGUAAGUCGUGUCUACUGAUAAUUCGGCCCAAUUUUUCGAGCAAAAAUACGCUCUCCUCAAAUUUUCCUUCAAACUUUCUAGCAAAAAUUUGCUCUGUUCCUUAAGUUUCCCAUUGAUCCCCAGUAGUAAGAUGAAUUAAGCCAGAGCAAAAGAAGAACAUGCCCGAUAAAAACGUUAAUAUCAUUGUGAAGGAUGGUAGUAUCUCAAAGCCUUUUCUCACAAACUUACCUUGCUUAUGUCCAGAGAAAGCUGAUAUCACUUUGUUUGUUACAGUCUCAAAGCUCGCAAGCUCAAAUGGCCUGUUUGCCAACCUGAUUUCAUUGAACAAGAAAUGCUACUUGCAAAAGUACUUGCAGUGUAGCCACAAUGAACCCAGGCUCUGCGCAACCUUGUGAUAUUACCGUUGAAGGUUCGAAGCUAUUAUCGAACUAUUCAGGCCGGUCUCUUACAGUGGGGGUAUGGUAUAAGCUUAAAUAAGAGCAUCUCAUUUUGGCUCAGUUCACGUAAGAAUUCUUUGGCUCGUGGCAGCUGUGUCUUUCCCUUUUGCACUUGCCAUCCAAACGUCUCUGCACUUUUCCUUCCCUAAUCCUAUUCCUUUGCACUUCCAGCAUGCUCAAGUGCGGUCGCAUGUCUCCAUCUCUUAUAUACGAGUGUGAAAUAAAGAGGGAUUGUUGCGAAUAAUAUACUAUCAACCAUGGCAGGGGGACAAGAACGUGGUGAACGUGAUAACAGCUGAGGAAACUGGGCAUGUGAAGACCUGGCACUAGGUAAACAAGAUGUCUGCUUGUCCAUCGAUCACUGAAUUUGAUGUCACUUUGGAUGAAUUUUGUGGUGAAGUAGGCCUUCAAGAAGACCUUAUUGAGAAUUUUACUUUAGUCCAAGUUUACCUGGACUAGCAGUCACACUUUUGUUCCUGCCUUGCAGUUAAGUUAGCGAGUUUGUGUCAUUGAAAACGAUCAAAGAAUUCAAAUUCUCUACAUUCUUCACCAUGAAAGACGGAUUAACACAUUAACAACAGCGAAUUUUAAUGUGUCCGCGAUUGUUCACAAGAGAACAAUACAUUGAUAGCUCCAUACUGGUCAGCAUGCUGCACUGCAAUAUUUUGCAUACUGCAAGUGGAAUUAUCCCUCUGCCAAGUCCUCCUGAAUGGCGUGAAGGAAUGUUCACUUUGUAUGGCAAAUGGAUGGAUGGAUGGGAAACGCAACGCAAAAGAAUUCCAGGACAUGACUGGUGUAUAAUCAAACUUGGUAUACCUGGUGUUAUCAAAGGGCUUGAUAUUGAUACUUCAUUCUUCACAGGGAACUAUCCUCCUAAAGUUUCUGUUCAAGCUGCUUCUCUAGAUGAAGGUCAGAUAAUAUUCCCUGAAAGGAAAAGUGUGAUGGGCAGUAAAGCUCCGGCUGACUGGAUAACGAAAACAGCAAAAGCCACUGAAUUGUGGACGGAAAUUUUGUCAAUGACUGAAUUAAAACCAGGGAACCCAGCAACAGCUCAUAAUUUCUUUGUUAUCAACAACUGUGAAAGGUGGACUCAUCUUAGACUUAAUAUCUAUCCAGAUGGUGGUAUAGCCCGGCUUCGAGUGUAUGGCCUUGCAGUCAAGGAUUGGACCCAGAUGAUCAUGACUAACAAGGAGAUGCUGAUAGACUUGGCAGCCAUGGAGAAUGGUGGAGCUGUUGUGGGCUGGAGCAAUAUGCAUUAUGGUCAUCCUCGUAAUCUCAUUGCUCCUGGGACAGCAGUUAACAUGGGGGAUGGCUGGGAAACUGCUCGCAGGGUAAGUUUAAAAUUUAGUGAAUAUCAUAUAAGAAUAAAAACUAGCGAUAAAAAACGACGUUUCGAUCUCCCUGAGAUCAUUUUCAAGUUGUAGAAAAAGCGAAUGAAAUAUACAUAUGUAAGAACAAAUUAGGGUGCGAGAAUGUCCAAUGAUAAAAUAUGUAAAUACAAGCGCUAAAAUGUAAGUGUUAAAAUAAUAAAUACUUUAAAAAACUAUAUAAAUAACUUUGCACGGAUUAAGUUUGACUGUUUGUUGAAAGUUGGCUUAAGCUCCUUUAUAGAGAGUACAUGUAUUUCGUAGAUCGGGCAGUCGAAUUUACUUUGGCACUUUCUCAAGAGCUUAAAAUCACGAUAUAUGUCACUUGAGACUGUUCCAUGUUGCUCUUUAAUGUGAUUCCCGAUUGAAGACGAUCCUUUGUGUUCCUCAACAUGCUGAUAGAGGUGUCGGCAGUUAUACCCGACAUAGUUUGCAUCGCACAAACAACACUUGUAAUAGUAAACGACAUGUUGCUGGUUAAUGAUGGGCGGCUUGUUUUCUUUUGGUUUGAUCUUGUGUCCAAUCUUACGGCUUAUAUUCACGGGGCGAAUAUCAAUCCAAUUUCGACAUGAGCAUGUAACGUAAAUGAAGCGCCUGUCAGAAUAGUGUUACCAUUCAAGGAUCAGAGAUCAGCCAAUUCCAUGUGAAGGCAACUUGGGGAACUAGGCUGCAAAAUUGGAUUGAUAUUUCCCCCGUGAAUACAAGCCGUAAGAUCGGACACGAGAUCAAGCCAAAAGAAAAGAAGCCAACUGUCAUUAACC